AUAUAUACAUCGUAGUAUAUGCUCGAAGCAUCGUGCAAACUCGAUGAGGUUAUGUCUAAUACAAAUCACCAAAACGUGGUGAAAACUGUAACAAAACGGCAAAAUUAAUGUAUGUAUGUAUAUGUUACAGUAUAUUUAUUAAUACGAAAAAAUGGAGGCCGUUUUUGAAUUAUUAGACUACUUAAAAAGUAUCUCGAUUACCGUACCUUUAACAUUGCUGCUUAGUUAUGGAUUGUAUAAAGUUUACAGGAGGAAACAAGCACAGCCCUCCGAAGGAAAAGAAUAUUCAGAUGACUCGUCAUCAGAUUCAAGUAGCUCAGACAGUGCCAUGGAUGAUUAUUUUAAAUUAGUCUUAGUUGUCAGAAAUGACCUGAAAAUGGGAAAAGGCAAAGUUGCUGCUCAGUGCGCACAUGCAGCAGUAGCAGCCUACAAAUUAGCCAAAAAGUACCCCACAAUUCUUAAAGCAUGGGAAUACAAUGGUCAAACUAAAAUCACCCUCAAGUGUGAAACUGAAGCUGAAUUAAUGGAGUUGCACCAGACUGCAAAAAAAAUAGGACUUUUAUCAAACAUUGUGCGAGAUGCAGGUCAAACACAAGUAGCGCCAGGUAGCAGAACAGUAUGUGGAAUAGGACCAGGACCUUGUAAAUUUAUAGAUCAAAUAACUGGUCAUUUAAAAUUAUAUUGAUUUUUUAAAAUCCAGCUUAUUUCUAUAAAAGAUUUUUAUCAUUAACGGCCAUGGAGAUAAACCCUUAAACUUAAAUUUAAAUUAUAAAAAGUAAAAAUGGAUACAUAAGAAUAUUCAGAAUCUAAUUUUUUUGCCAACUAACUUGUCUUGCAAAAGGCAUAUUUUUGUAAUAUAUGUAAACAGCAUUUUAUAAAAUUUAUAAGAUACUUAUUUAGAAAAUAAAUUUUCUUCGGGUAGAAAUAAAACGAAAUUCUGCUAGUAAUUCGAAAUGAACCAUUUAUUUUCUAAAUCUUUAUAAAGGGAUAUUUUACAUGUUUAGUAUUAGAAAUCUAUAUAGUACAUUUUCUUCUAAAAAUGUGGACGGCACUGUUAUUCAAUCAUAUAAACUGCUCUUUUAUUAUUUUGUUCACUACUGAAUGAGGUUUACUUUAAUUAUAUGCAUUUUAAUUAUCUCAAA